AUGCGCCGUGAGGAACUUGAAAGAAUGAGCUGCACCGAACUUCAAGGAAUUGAUCCAAGCACAUUGAUCGAGCCUCGAGGUGAUCUCUUCGGGCAAAAGUUCAGGGAUUACGAUGAUACAGAUCUGUUCCAAAAAUCCCACUUUGCUCGGGACGACUUUCGUCAGCAUGCCGAGAACAUGUUAGCACCGAUGAACAAUCCAGUAACUCCGGGUGAACAGGCCACCAGCCAUGAUCAUCGGGUUCACGCGCUCCCGGUGCAGCUGAUUGCCAGCGGAUUCUGGCAGAGGAACUCGUGCAGCAAGCAGUGCCAGAUGAGCUGGCAGAGCCAGUUGUCCAGCGAAGGUGCCAUUGGAACCUGGAAGUAUUAA